AUAUGUGUAAAUUAUUCUAUGACUAGUGUUAUUGUACAUCCAAAAGUACCUACUGAUUUAUUAGACAAAUCGAAAGAAAUGACACGAGAGAUUACAUGUAAAUUACCUGUUAAACGAGGUCAUUGUCGAGCACUAUUCCCACGAUGGAGAUACGAUUCAGAAACGAAAAAAUGUUAUGAAUUUGGAUUUGGUGGUUGCGAUGGUAAUGGAAAUAAUUUCUUAUCCGAAAAAGAUUGUAUGAAAUAUUGUGAAGGUGUUUAGCAGGUCUCAGAAGAAAAUUUACAUUAAGCAUACAGCUCAAUUUCAACCAAAUGUGAAAGAUUUUCUUUUGCCACAAUAAUUUUCUACUUUUAUAUUUAGUACUUAAACAGUUGUGAAUUUUUCAAAAUUCAAGAAGAUCACACCAUUUUAAAAGUACAAAUGUUAAAACCAAGAGUGU